AUGGUUUCUACUCAAACUAAACAAAAAGUUGAACAAUUGAUCAAAGAACAUCCAAUUUUCAUUGCUUCAAAGACUUAUUGUCCAUACUGUGCUCAAACUAAAAAGACCAUUGAAGCUCUUACUAAGGAUGCUUAUAUUCUUGAAUUAGAUGAAGAAUCUGAUGGUGGUGAAAUUCAAGAAGCUUUGGCUGAAUUGACUGGUCAAAAGACGGUACCAAAUGUCUUUAUUGGUGGUCAACAUAUUGGUGGUAACUCAGAUGUUCAACAAUUGAAAUCUGCUGACCAAUUGGAACCAAAGAUCAAAGCUGCUUUAUAA